AUGGACGACGGUGGCAAAGAAGACCUGCACACUCGCGGUGUGGGUGGCUCCUGGUCCUGCUCCUGCUCCUGCUCCUGCUCCUGCUCCUGCUCCUGCUCCUGCUCCUGCUCCUGCUCCUGGUCCUCCUCCUCUUGCUUCUGCUCCUCCUCCGCCUCCAAAUUUCCAUUUCAAUUUCAAGGGGCGCGACCAAAAGGCACACACAACCCUUCUCAUUUGUGCGUAAUAGUUUGUUUUGUGCUCCAUCGGCGGAAGGUUAGCCGCUCGCCCCCCGUUGUCGCCCCCCGUCGGCCGGCGUCGUCUCGCACCUCCAAACUUGCGUCAGUUCAACAGGUUGGUCCGUGCCGGUCUGUCGGGCUGUCCGGGAAAGUAAGUAACUUUUUGGCAAGAAGCUUCCCGUGCCGGACAGGUUGGAUGAGAGCCGAACAAAGCCCCCCUCAGAUGGAAGGAACAAAGACCAGUAUUGUGCAACGCUCUCAAACAGCUGACUGUGCUGCAGGCCGACGAGCUGACAGCCGAGGAUGGAUGGGACGGAGGGUGCCAAGGACUUUUCAUUUUGCACCGAGGCAGACCCCAGGAGGAAGGCAGAGCCCAUAUGGUAGCAGAUGCAGAGGGAGAGAGAGAGAGAGAGAGAACGAGAUCCCGGAUACGAGCAGCCGAAAUGAGUUUCCUCCUCCGCAGGGUGUCCGGUCUCCCUUAGAGAACGGGUGUGAGAACGGAUCUCAGAGUCGAGCCGCUGCUCCUCCGCAUCGAGAGGAGCCAGACGAGGUGGCCGGGGCAUCUGAUUCGGACGUCCCACCGGGAGGAGACCCCGGGGGCGACCCGGGACGCGCCGGAGAGACUAGGUCUUUCGGCCGGCCCGGGAACGCCUCGGGAUGCCCCCGGAAGAGCUGGAUGAAGUGGCUGGGGAGAGAAUACCGGACUGUCCCCGCUUUUGGAAAUACCCGGCGCGCCAGACACCAUCCUGUGCAGUCCCGUCCCGUCCGACGCUGACUCAUUGCUCAGCCUUCGCCGCAGCGCAGACGCCAGAAG